AUGUCCUCGCCGCACCCCCUCACAGCCUACCUCCGCACCCUCAUCCACGCCAAACAAUCCCCCCUUUGCGUCAGCGCCGACGUCACCACCGCCUCGGCCAUGCUCUCCCUCGCCGCCGCCGUCGGGCCUUCCAUCGCCGUCUUCAAGACGCACGCCGACAUGCACGCCGGCUGGGACCCGGACCCGGAGCGCGGCACGGGCGCGCAGCUGGCCGCGCUCGCCCGCCGGCACCGCUUCCUCGUCUUCGAGGACCGCAAGUUCGCCGACAUCGGCUUCACGGUGCAGGCGCAGUACGCGGGCGGGGACCAUCGGAUCGUCGAGUGGGCGCAUGUGGUCAACGCGCACGCGGUGGCCGGGGAGGAUGUGCUGAGGGCGUUGGAGGGGGUGGCGGCGGAGUGGGUGGAGCGGAACGGAUCGGGUGGAGAGCCUGGUGACGGGCGCGCACUGCUGGUGGUGGCGCAGAUGUCGUCGGCGAACAACCUGCUGGACUCGCGAUACACGAGGGCGUGCGUCGACAUGGCGCGGCGGCGCCGGGCGUUCGUCAUGGGCUUCAUCGCCAUGGAACCGCUGAACGAGAUGCCGGAUGAUGAUUUUGUCGUCAUGACGCCUGGGUGUGCCCUGCCGCGAGAAGAGUCGUUGGAUGGGUCCGAGUGGGCGGGCGGCGAUGCGCUGGGCCAGCGGUACGUGUCGCCUCAGGAGUUGAUGCGGAGGGGCUGUGAUCUGGUCAUCGUGGGUACGGGCAUAUGCAAUGCCCAGGAUCCGGCGGCGAAGGCGGAGCAGUAUCGGAAGGCUGCAUGGGACGUGUAUGAGGAACGGCUGACGUCUGGAAAGUAG